AUGACAGACCAUCAAACAGAAAUGCUGACAAUUUUUUUCGUCAAGACCCUGACGGGCAAGACCAUCACCCUUGAGGUGGAGUCCUCCGACACCAUUGACAAUGUCAAGUCGAAGAUCCAGGACAAGGAGGGCAUCCCCCCCGACCAACAGCGCCUGAUUUUCGCCGGCAAGCAGCUCGAGGAUGGCCGCACUCUGUCCGACUACAACAUCCAGAAGGAGUCCACCCUCCACCUGGUCCUCCGCCUCCGUGGUGGAAUUAUCGAGCCCUCGCUGAAGGCUCUUGCCUCCAAGUACAACUGCGACAAGCAGAUCUGCCGCAAGUGCUACGCCCGUCUUCCUCCCCGUGCGACCAACUGCCGCAAGCGCUCGUGCGGUCACACCAACCAGCUCCGCCCCAAGAAGAAGCUCAAAUAG